AUGUCUUUAGCAUUAUUUCCACUAGAUAUUAUAUCAAAAACAAUAUUACAGCUAAUACCAAGGUUUCCAUACAUGAUGAUGGAUGGAAUGCUAAUGCUUUUUCCCACAUUUGGAUACUUUGAUCAGAUUCGAUUAAUGAUUCUGAAGAAUAAUCCAAACAUUUAUGCGUUAAAUUUAUGUUUAAUCUUGAUUUCACAAGGACUCAUCAAAAUUACAUUCUUCAUAGAUGAACCUUUUCCGAUUGUUUUAUUCGGUCAAGGUGUAGGAUUAUGUUUUGUAGCAUUUUUACACACGUUCCUCCGUUUUAGGCUUCUCGCAAAAAAUCCCACUAGUGAAAUACCUCAUUUUGGCAACAAUACUUCGAUUGUUUCACAAAUUUUCGAGACAAUUACAAAAAAUCCAAAAAAGGCAAUGAAUAUCUUUUCAGCAUUAACAUUUUUAGAAUUUUUUACGUCAGUUCUCUUUUACUACUUGAUAUUUUUCAUUUUUUAUAUAAUUACAAAGAUUAUUUGCGGAGUCCACACUGCAGUAAAUAUAUCUUCGAUUAUAGCAAACUUAAUAGAUGCGCUUGUUCCUCUUCCAGUAUUUUCUUUAGUUGUUAUACACAGUAAUAUUGAAUCAGUCUCUAUUGUUCUCAUCAUACAGUAUGUAUUUGGAGAUAUGUUUAAGAUCUUCCUAUGCUAUGUUACUCAUUCUCCCUGGCCUUUUAUUUUCGGUUCUACCCUGCAACUUAUUCUCGAUUCAAUUGCAGGAGCUAAAUACACUUACCUUUCCAUAAGAAACGGAAAUAAUGCAGCUGCAAAGUCUGAAGCGAAUUCAACAGAAGAAUCUGAAGAAGAUUAA